AUCGAAAGAUAUCAAGAAAAAUAAAUUUCUUUUCCAAGAUUUUUGAUUUAAAAUAAUAUCGAAAGAGCGUUUCCAUUUCGCUGCGUCUCUCCAAUCGCGAUCAGAUCGAUCUCUGAGGUGACCCAUUUCAUUCGGUGAUCACUGAUCCCCUCCCUCUCUCUCUCCUCCACCUGUGAUUCAGCCCCUCACUCUCUCGCUCCUAAUCUUGCUUUCUUAUAAAGACACAUCUCCUAUCUUCAGUAAUCCUCUUCCGACGUUGUUGUUCGCUUUGGACCUGCCGCGUACCCACCCCACCCCACCCCACACACACCCCACCCCACUUUCAGUUAGUUUCUUCUUCUUCUAUGCGUAAUCUGACAUUUGGGUUCCUUGAAGUGAGUGUGCUGUUGCUCUUCUAUAUCUUCGAAUUUUUGUUUUUAAGAUCGUUUAAAUCAGCUUUAUGUUUUGUACGAACUUGCAAAAAUGGUGUGAUUUGGGGGGAUUGCAGAAUGUGUUGGUUGUUGAUAGUGGAUGAAAUUAGGGUUUUUAUGAAAGAGAAAGUUGGGGAAUGAAAGGUAGAAAGGAUGAAGGGAAUAAGCCAAUGGAUCCUAUGUUUCCGAGACUGCACAUUAGUGAUGCAGACAAAGGAGGCCCGAGAGCACCGCCUAGGAACAAAAUGGCUCUUUGUGAGCAGUACAAUGUGGUCUCUCAAAGCUCCAAAUCAUUCGGGUCCAGCGGAUCGCCGCCAUUGCUGCCAUUUCUUCCUAGCAGUGGCGGCUCUACUUUCCUUUCACGAUCCUCCAGUAAUGAAGGUGGCGACAAAGGACAAGCGCUUCCUACAUCAGGAAGCAUGCCUACAUUUUGUCAUUUGCCGGAGAGAUAUUAUUCGCAGUGCCAGGAAGGAGCAAUCCCAAGCACUAUACUCUCAAAGUCCGAGCCAUGGUUGUCGCUGACUGAAAGCUACAAUUUGCGCGCUCCGGAUGAAUCAACAUCUAAAGAUAAAUGCAAUGAUCCUCCCAGAUGUAGCGAAAGUCCCGCGCCAAUUCCUGGAGACAAGAACAGUUUUAAAAGUCCGUUUUUUUUUUCAUCGGGGAGAAAUCUCAAUUAUGGGAAGCUUCAUCUGAAUCCGGGGAGUACUUCCUGUAGUUCGGUUUCUUCAGGCGAAAACCAUAACGUAUUCUUGAAGCUGCCGAGGAUUGCAAGUCGCGAUUGUGCAGCUGAGGAAAGCGGGCGACUUUCGCAGGAUAGUGAGAGUUGUUCUGAAAGGCCCUGUCGUAUUUCUUUAUUCGGGGCGAAAAAUUUCUCAGAUACUUCUCUUGCGCAAAAUAAAUCCGCUGAGCUCGGAAUUAGAAAACUCCGAUCUGAUCAGCUCUUGAAAACGAGUCUAGGAGACGAGCAGACAAUGUUACAGAAUCCUUGUAAGCCGAUGUUGCAUGACUUGCGAGUUCUGCAAAAAGACAGGGCGUUGGGCGACGCUAAAUCUGGAAUUCAUGAAACAUCGUCUAGAAAAAGAUCGGCUUUGGCAAUGAAUGAUUCGUCGUGUAAAACUAAGAUCGACUCGAGCAAGGACUUCUUCAAAGGCGCAAUGCCAAUGGAAAGUUCUGAAAAAAAGCAGGAUUUUUCCGAUUCCACAGAAGCCUCUGGAAGUGAUCUGGACAUAUCGCCGGAUGAAGUUGCCGCCAUUCUCGGUCAGCGACUGUUCUGGAGAGCGAGAAAAACGAUUGUGCAUCAACAGAGAGUGUUUUCUUUGCAGAUAUUUGAGUUACAUCGACUCGUUCAGGUAAGUUCUCGUAGUUAUUCCGCUUUCCCAUCCUAUAUUAAAGAAUGCAUCGAAUUCUUCGUGGCUCAACGUUGUCGACAGGUCCAAAGACGUAUAGCAAGAUCCCCCGAAAUGUCACACGAAAGCAAUUUCGAUCCUAAAAAACAGUCGAUGCAAUUUUCCCGGAUCGAUAAGUUGCCCUUCAUGACACCUCUGGAUCCAUUGCCUUCUAAAUCUAAGGUCGAUGUCACGGAGUCUGAUACCGACAAGGAUUGCAAAGCCGAGGAUCCAACCGGCGACGCCGAAAAAGGGCACUUUGGUCAGGAAAUUUCCUUGAAGUCGUUAAUCCCGAUGCUGCCUUCUAUGCCGACUGAUGCUAAAUUAUCGCCGUUACCGGUACCAGCGUCUGUUCCUACCGAUGCUAAGCUGGCGCCGUGGUGCUUUCCACCUUCGUCCGGAAAUCCAUGGCUCGUUCCCGUAAGGCCUCCGUACAGCGGGACUUGCUUUCCGAAUGCGGGCUUGAUGGCGCCGGUUCAUGGGAAUUGCGCGCCGAUGAAUUUAAGCGCAGUCGGAGGAGUGGCUUAUGGUGUUCCGCCAAAUCAGAAUUACCUUCAUCCUUACAGCAUGCCGGCAAUGGAUCCAAACAGUCUAAAUCUUGAUCGCGAGGCGAUUAACAACACUAAUUCCGGAUUCCAACUUGCUGGAUCGGACAAGAAUUUAUCGAGCAACGUUGGUGAAACGCCUUGCAAAGUUUCGAGCGAUCUGGGAAGUAAGAAUGAGGGAGAAACACUGCCCCUUUUCCCUACCAUGCCGUCCUGUGAGAUGCUAAACGACGAAAGCGAGGCGCAGGCGACGAACAAUGAGAGUAAGGUGCAAGUGAUCAAAGUGGUGCCUCACAGUAGCAGUCAGUUGGCGGCAGAAUCAGCCGCGCGAAUUUUCCAGUCUCUAAUCGAAGAAAGGAAGAGAGCAUGAGUAACUUUCUUCGUCGCGCUUGCUUUCCGCGCCUCGACUGGCUGUGUUAUGGGUAAAUUUUCAUUCCUUUUGCCUUGUGAUCGAUGAAUUUGGUUAUUCACUGUACAUAAAUUGCUGCAAGUGAUGGAUACGAAGGUAGUCGCCUCCAAUGUAUUAUCUGUCGCCAUUACCUUACAGAGUUUUGGUGAUAAUUCUUGCGGACGACAGUGUUUCUUGAUGCAGGUAAGAGUCGCCAAAUAUUGCGACGAGCAUUUGGAAUUUUCUUUGUAUCGGCUAUAGCAUUUUUUUUUAUUUAUUUUUUAUUUUUUUAUUUUUUCCUUUUUCCGCCUUUUAGAUUGCAUUGCAAAUAUGAGAUUACAUUGAUCCAGUUUGCAGAGAUGAGUCUUUUUUUGUGUGUUUUUGAUCAAAUCUUGCAAUGGUGAUUCUAAUUUUGUUUCUUGA